CGACACUGCGGAGGAUUCUGGGAAGGACUGUCUCUGAACUCCGAGGCAAGAUGUCUGACAUGGAGGAUGACUUCAUGUGCGAUGAUGAAGAAGAUUAUGAUCUGGAAUACUCAGAAGACAGCAACUCUGAGCCUAAUGUGGAUCUGGAAAAUCAAUACUACAAUUCCAAAGCGUUAAAGGAAGAUGAUCCUAAAGCAGCCUUGAGCAGUUUCCAGAAGGUUUUGGAGCUUGAAGGUGAAAAGGGAGAAUGGGGAUUCAAAGCACUGAAACAGAUGAUUAAAAUCAACUUCAAAUUGACUAACUUCCCAGAAAUGAUGAACAGGUACAAACAGCUGCUCACCUAUAUCCGGAGUGCAGUCACAAGGAAUUACUCAGAGAAAUCCAUUAAUUCUAUCCUUGAUUACAUUUCCACCUCCAAACAGAUGGAUUUACUGCAGGAAUUUUAUGAAACAACCCUUGAGGCAUUGAAAGAUGCCAAAAAUGACAGAUUGUGGUUUAAAACAAACACAAAGGUAAUUAUUUUUAUAUACACUUAUCAGUACUUUGUCACUGCAUUACAGACUGACGAUGGAGAAGAUGACUUGAAGAAAGGCACGCAGUUGUUGGAAAUCUAUGCUCUAGAAAUUCAAAUGUAUACCGCACAGAAGAACAACAAAAAACUAAAAGCACUAUAUGAGCAGUCUUUGCACAUCAAGUCUGCCAUCCCCCAUCCGCUAAUCAUGGGUGUCAUCAGAGAAUGUGGAGGGAAAAUGCACUUAAGAGAAGGUGAAUUUGAAAAGGCGCACACGGAUUUCUUUGAAGCUUUCAAAAAUUAUGAUGAAUCAGGGAGCCCCAGACGAACCACUUGUUUGAAAUAUCUGGUCCUGGCUAAUAUGCUGAUGAAGUCUGGAAUAAACCCGUUCGACUCUCAGGAGGCUAAACCAUACAAAAAUGAUCCAGAGAUUCUUGCAAUGACGAAUUUAGUAAGUGCCUACCAGAAUAACGACAUCACAGAAUUUGAAAAAAUUCUGAAAACAAAUCACAGUAACAUCAUGGAUGAUCCCUUCAUAAGGGAGCACAUUGAAGAGUUAUUGCGGAACAUCAGAACACAAGUGCUUAUUAAAUUAAUUAAGCCUUACACUAGAAUACACAUACCUUUUAUUUCUAAGGAGCUGAAUAUAGAUGUAGCGGAUGUAGAGAGCUUGCUAGUGCAGUGCAUAUUGGACAACACUAUUCAUGGCCGAAUAGAUCAAGUCAACCAACUGCUUGAGCUGGACCAUCAGAAGAGGGGCGGGGCACGAUAUAAUGCUUUAGAUAAAUGGACAAAUCAGCUUAAUUCUCUCAACCAAGCCAUUGUUAGUAAACUAGCUUGAUUUGAGAAAUAUUACAACAAAUAGUACUUAAACCAACAAGACAGUGAUGUUAACCUUCAAAGAACUGGGAAUGGCAAAACUACUGUUGGUUGAUGUGGCCUGAAAAUCAGCUUGACAGAAGUGCUUUCUUUGAUCGGCUGGUUUGUGUUUUGCUGCUGAAGUUUCCCAAGACAAACAGCUUUAAUGCCCAGAAGAAAACCAAAACGCCACAGGAUUUAUGCUGUAUUGACAUCUAGCCCGAUACGAUAUAAUAUUAUUUUAUAAAGGGCAACAAAUGACCAGAAGGAAGACUUUGUCAUGAUUUUAAACACACAUCGACACAUUAUUGUAUUGUAAAAAAGAAGAAAAAAGAAAAAAAUAAUUAAAUGUCAAACAAAAAAAAAUUUUACCUGUAAAAAUCCUCUAACAAAAAACAAAUAAGCAUAACAUGCAAUAACUUGAACUGUAUACCUAGUUUUGAACACUUUUUCCAUGCAUAAAUUGGCAUGUUUGCUGUAUUCUGCAAAAUGUCAGGUCUCAAGUCGUGGUUUUCUGUUCCUGCAAUUGUAGUAAAGGUUUAGAUGAUAACUAUCAUUUGUGGCACAUCGCCCCACGUUCGUUUUCAAGCAGCAAAAUAAAAGUGCGGCUCGGACAUUG